GCUUGAUGCACUUUAACUUCUCAGAACAGACAGGGCAGAGGAGUGCAAUAGUCACUUUGUUCUCCUGGGAAGCAGAAUCAAGUGUCCCUUAUUUCAUUUGAAGGAGGGGAAGGAACACAUAUCUGACAUUGCACAAUGACUCCUGGUUUGUUUUUAUUUGGCCUAGCUUGUGCCUUAAUCAAAAAUGUUGAGUCUGAAAAAUUUGUCUGCCCAAAAGAGGUGACUGGAAAAUUGGAAGGGUCAGUAUCCAUCACUUGCGCAUACUCAACUAUUACGAAGGCCAAUAAGCAUAGCUGCAAGUUUUUUUGCCAAGAAAGAGGAAGGUCUGGAAAAUGUCAAUAUAUAAUCGCCUCUACGAAUAACUAUGUACACCAGAACUUUUUCGGCCGUGUUUCAUUUAAAGACAAUAAAAACAAAGGCUUGGUCACCAUUACUUUGUCUAACUUAAGGAACACCGAUGAAGGCACUUACAUUUGUCGCUUGGGCACAUAUAUGAAUAGGAUUAAAGCUAAGUUCACUUUGGCUGUCACUGAAGACUCAGUCAUUCCAAAUGAGGCAGAACUUGUCUAUGGUCAGUUGAGGGGUGCAAUGAAGUUCCAUUGUGAAUUUGGAGAUCAACAUGCUGAACUGAGGAAAUAUCUGUGCAAAAUAGAAAAACAUGGCUGCAAGAAUGUUAUUGAUAGUUCAGGAGCAAUUGAUACUGCAUACCAAGGAAGAAUCAUUCUCCAAAGAGAUGAAAAGAGGCCAGCAAGUUUUACUGUCAAAAUAAUACAAUUGAGAACUGAAGAUUCUGGAUGGUUUUUCUGUGGUGUGGGUAACUAUGGAGGUGAAGGAGACACUACAGAGUUUGAUUUGAGGAUCAAUGAAGAGACUGAUAUACCCCAAGGAUCUAAACUAUUGUCAACCAGAUUGGGUGGAUCAGUGUCUGCCCAGUGCCACUACAAUCCUAAAAAGAACUAUACUGUAAAAUUUUGGUGUAAAUUGGAAGAUUCGAGCUGUGAGCCACUCAUUAAAACAGAUGGCUAUAUCAAGGAUGUUUUUGAGGGAAGACUGCUUAUUCAUGAUAACACUACAAAUGGAACUAUGCAGGUCCUCAUGAACCAGAUUACUAAAAUAGAUGAAGGCUGGUAUUGGUGUGUGUUGACUGAUGGAAAACAUGACCAAACCUCAACUGUACAAAUCAAGAUUUCUGAAGAAAAUCAUGAAGGAUUGACUGCUUGCACAAUAGUGCAGGUUAAGAAUGGGGAAAUAGCUAAAAUCACAUGUUCCUAUCCAUGCAAGUACAAAUCCUAUAAGAAAUAUUGGUGCAAAUGGAAUAACAAUAAUUGCAAUGAAGUAGCCUUUGAAAUUGAUGGUGGUGAAGAUGGUCUGAGUGUAUCAUGUGAGAAUCAGGAACUGGUCCUUACCAUUCAAUCAAUAUCUGAAAAAGACAGCGGAUGGUAUUGGUGUGGAGUCCAAAAAUCCGGAAGAUAUGGAGAAACUAUAGCAGUGCAAGUGCAUGUAAUAGCGGAAGAAGCAACAAGUGACGUUUCUGAUUCUAAGAUUAAGUCGUGUGCUAACAGUGUGGAAAAUGAGAUGAUUGUUAACCCUCGCAGUGAGAACAAACAAAACAGCGUGUUUCCUGCGGUUCUGUCCGUUUGUGCUGCAGGCCUGGUGGCUGCUGCUGUUUUCUUCAUCAUUAGAUAUAAACGAAAGAGGAAUUCAGAUUUGGUUUCUAUUGGAAGCUACAGGACUAACAUAAGCAUGACUGACCUGGAUAAUGGUAUAGGCAAGGACAACCCUGCUGUAAUUGGUACGCAGGAAACUGAUAUCAGCAACUCAAAAGGGGUCUCAAGAAGAUCUUGCUUAUUCCAGCUUCCUUAUCCAUCACAACGGCUCGCCAAAUGAAGAAAAUGCUGCUUAAAUUUACCUUGGGAAUUCCAAACAAGUCACAUACACAAAUCACGCAAUAACCUAUCUAUGCACAUUCAAUUAUUAAUUAUUGCAGCUACAGCUAAAUGUAUGUGUCUUUAUUGUAUAUCUUAUAUGUGAAACUGUAUAUUUACACAAAUACUUGUAAUGAAUCGACAGAAGAAUGUACAACACGUGAGAAAUUUACAUCCAGCAUGAUUCAAAGAACCACAGGGGUGCUAACAGUGAGACACUGUACAUUUGGCACUAAAGUGAGAAUCUCAGAGCCAGAGAUUGAAUGGCUCAUACAAAUAUUUGAUGGCAUUAGAUUAAUCAUUCUUUUAUAGAAGGAAAACUCCCACACGGGAGAUAAAUAUUGGUAUUAACGUAUUAUCAUUAAAACUGAGGUUUAGAGGACUGGUCGAACAUCAACAAUUAUGGCAUAUUGCUAGGAUAUGCCAUAAAUGUCAGACAAGUGAGGGGUGGCCCAGCUACAGAUGUGAGCAGACGCGCUCGGUGACCUGCACAUCCUGAUUACCAUCCUGGCACCUGCUAAACUACUUUUAUUCAGCCUCCCUGUAUUCUUUGAGUCUUAGGAUCGUACAGUGGUGAAGAUUGGCCCCAGACUCUGGACCACUUUAGACAGAAGCAGGCUCAAAAUGGCUCAAAUCCGAGGUCAGCUCCAGACAGUUCAUCAGAUGCACAGGAAGUUGCCUCCCCUGCUAAACAGCCAGAGCUAACACUUCAACGGGUCUCCUCACAACUUCUGACCGCCAUUACAGCCUGUCAGGUGCGUGGAUUUGGAACUCCUCAGACAUGAUAUGUGCUGUGUGAGCUGCUUACUUAGGUGGAGAACCGAGUAUCUGAGAUAAAGAAUUGGGUGAGCCCCAUUAUUCACUGUUUGGAAGAUGUGGAGACCCAAGUCUCUUCCUGGUGUGUGAAAGAGGACGACCAGGAGAAUCACCUCCAUCAUAAUAAUGUCCAAAUGAUGGGCCUCCCUGGAAAAACAGAGGGCUGUAACCUUGAAAAGUUUGCUGAAAGAUUGCUGUGAGAACUGUUCGGGAUUUUCAGUGGUGUAACUAGAAAUUACUGGGCCCCACAGCAUAUUUUUGAAUGGGGCCCCCCUCCCCCAGUAAUUUUUUCACAACCCCUUCCUUUCAUGCCGCCCCCAUUCCUGUGGCUAGUAAAGAUCA